UCCGUCGUGCUUAAUUUACAGACACGAAGCGGAGAGAUGAAACGCUCCAGUGUUCGGAUUUGAUCCGCUCUUCCUUCUUCCCGCACCAUAGUCCGUAACACCCUAACUUAUUAGUGCCGUGUCUGACGUUGCUCUUUUCUCUCCUUUGACUGAGCACGGAAGUGUGUGCAACGCCGAACAUCUUCAGUGCAUUUAAACUUAUUCUCGCAAAAGGGGAAACGUAAUGACUUUGAAUCCGCUGUCGCCUAAUUUUGUAGUUUAUGUGUUCGGAAUCUUUACUCUCAGUUCUCAGAUUGUUGGGCAUGAGACCUAAUGGCGUUUCUCAUACACCUGCAGUAUUUGGAACUUGACUGAAAUUCCAGUCAACCCCGCGGAUGACUAGGUAAUCAGGCAACACCAGGAGGAAGUAUAAUUUUUUUACACCUAUUUUGGAUCUUUUCCGUUUUUGCACACAGCAUCACGAGCGGUCACUUAACUCCGAUGACCGGGAAAGGAUAAGUAUGUUCACGUAUAAUAUAUUUCUGGAUAUCUCAUCGCCCAAGUCAGUUUCAAAACCCUGGGGGGUGCUUUGGGCUCUCUCGCUUCCGAUUCCAACAAAGUGGAACCCGACAUUUCAACGCGGACUGCCGCGGCGAAGGAUGGGCCCCCUCUUCCCAGCGACUUGCGUCGUACUGCUCGCCCUCAACGCCGCUGUUUCACCAGCCUCCGUCAGUCCCGAGGACUACCCCGCGGACGAGGCCGAGCGAACGGCCAGCAAUGACAUCAUUUUUGACGACUAUCGGGGCAAAGGCUGUGUGGAUGACACGGGCUUCGUCUACAAACUCGGGGAACGCUUUUUCCCGGGCCACUCGAACUGCCCGUGUGUCUGCACAGAGGACGGCCCGGUGUGCGAUCAACCCGAAUGUCCAAAAAUCCACCCGAAGUGCGCAAAGGUGGAGCACAAUGGCUGUUGCCCAGAAUGCAAAGAGGUCAAGAACUUUUGUGAAUACAGAGGAAAGACGUACAAGAUCUUGGAGGAAUUCAAGCCCUCACCCUGCGAGUGGUGCCGCUGUGAGCCGAGCAGCGAGGUGCACUGCGUGGUGGCUGACUGCGCAGUCCCCGAGUGCGUCAAUCCAGUGUACGAACCCGAGCAGUGCUGUCCCAUAUGUAAAAACGGUCCGAACUGCUACGCCGGAACGACGAUAAUCCCAGCCGGCAUCGAGGUGAAGGUGGACGACUGCACCAUCUGCCGCUGCCACAGCGGAGACUGGUGGAAGCCUGCACAGUGCCUGCGGCGGGAGUGCCUCAACGGCCAGCCGUCAUCAUAG